GUUCCUCCUACUAUAAAUUGCUGCUAGCAGCACUUCACCAGGCUCAGCUCCAGCAGAGCAGGAGGGAGAGGAUAUAUACCUGCACCCAGCAGGCACAGACACAAGGGGAGCAGAAGAGGAGGAGGAAGGAGAAGGCAGUGUCAGGCAUCCCAGAUCCAGGGCCAGCAUGGUGACUUUGCUGGACAACAUAGCCAGACCUUCUGCUGUGGUUCUGCAGCUGUCCGUGGUGCUUGGUGUUAUCUUUGUGCUGCUGAAGGUGGCCUGGUUCUAUCAGGAGAGGAAGAAACUCAUCAAAGCUCUGGAGGCAUUCCCUGGUCCCCCCAGACACUGGCUGUAUGGCCACAAUCACCUGAUAACUUCUGAUAAAAUAUUAUAUCAGACAGUGUCAUGGGGAGAGGAAUUCCCCUAUGCCUUUCCCAGAUGGCUUGGACCAGUCCUGCCUUCUCUAGUAAUCCACCAUCCUGAAUAUGCCAAGUGCAUACUUGGCCAAACGGAUCGCAAGCCCGAUGUUCCCUACAAAUUUUUAGUUCCCUGGAUUGGGCAGGGGCUGUUGCUCUUGGAUGGAACCAAAUGGUCCCAGCAUCGGAAGCUGCUCACCCCAGCCUUUCAUUAUGAUGUGCUGAAAUCUUAUGUGGCCCUGAUGUCAGACUCUGUCAAAGUGAUGCUGGAUAAAUGGGAAAAGAAGAACACAGAGAGGAAGACAGUGGAACUCUUUCAAGAUGUCAGCUUGAUGGCACUGGACAGCAUCAUGAAAUGUGCCUUCAGUUGCAACACCAACUGUCAGACUCAGAGCAACUCAGACUAUUAUAUCAGAGCUGUUUAUGACCUGAGCUACCUCGUGAGCAACAGAGUCCAGACUUUUUCUUACAAGGAUGUCUUCUAUGACUUGACUCGCAAGGGCCGUGAGUUUCAUGAUGCCUGCAAGCUGGCCCAUACCCACACAGAUAAGGUAAUAAAAGAAAGAAAGAUGUUGCUCUCCAGUGAGAAGGAACUUGACAAGAUCAAGAAGAAGAGACACUUGGAUUUUCUGGACAUUCUUCUUUGUACCAAGGAUGAGAAUGGAGCUGGACUGUCUGAUGAGGACCUGCGUGCUGAGGUGGACACAUUCAUGUUUGAGGGCCAUGAUACAACAGCCAGUGGGAUCUCCUGGCUCUUCUACUGCCUGGCAUUACACCCUGAGCACCAGCAACAGUGCAGGGAGGAGAUCCAGGAGAUCUUGGGAGACCGAGAUGCCAUUGAGUGGGAGGACCUUGGGAAGAUGACUUACACCACCAUGUGCAUCAAGGAGAGCCUGCGCCUGUUCCCACCAGUUCCUGCUGUGUCCCGAUACCUCUCCAAGCCUGUCACAUUUUCUGAUGGACGCAGCUUGCCAGCAGGCUGCCAGGUUGGAGUGAGCAUAUUUGCUCUUCACAGGAAUCGGGAUGUUUGGAAGGACCCUGAGAUAUAUGAUCCCUUGAGGUUUUCUCCAGAGAACUCAGCACAGAGACAUUCCCACGCUUUCCUGCCUUUCUCUGCUGGAUCCAGGAACUGCAUCGGGCAGCAGUUUGCCAUGAAUGAGAUGAAGGUGGCUCUGGCCCUGACCCUGCUGCGCUUCGAGCUCUGUCCCGAACCAUCCAGGCCUCCCACGCUGUUGCCGCAGAUCGUCCUCAGGUCCAGCAACGGGAUCCACCUGCAUUUGAAGAAGAUUCACUGAUCCCAUGGGCUGGGGGGGCAAGAGCCUUCCCAAGGACCACCCUCCACCCAGAGGUUUAAGAGGGUGGGGCAGCAAACAGAGCCACCCUGAAUACACUUGGACCUCUCCCACAUGAGCCUCCCCUGCUGCCAUCCAGGGGGGCACGCUGAGCCCCCUCGCUAACACAUUGAACCCAGUAGGUCCAGAUCCCAUGCUUGCAUGGGGAGCACUCUGCCAAGGGCAUUUCACAGCCUGGCUGUGGUUCAGCCUUCACCUCCACAGGCAUCCUCCAUAUCCUACUCAUCUCCUGGCCUCCAACCUGCCCUUGCACACUGCCUGGUGGGACCCCUCUCACCUGCCUGUUCAUUUGCACCACUGCCACUUCUCUGCUGAGGCACGGCCACGAGCAACGCUUUGCAUGGAUGUCUGAAGCCCAUGUUGUCCCUCCCCAGCCUCCAGCCUGGGUGUGCCAGGGCAGGAGAGCUCCUCCCUGUAGACAUGCUGCAUGCCCAUGAACCACCCUCCAAAUUGUUCCUCAUAUUCCCUCCUGGGGCUGGCGUUGUGCCUGCCUUUAUGGAAACAAAAGCCAGUGGGUGUUUCUGAACUGUCAUUGAACUUCCUUGAGCUGAGAAUGCUCAGGAGCCACCGCAGAGACAUGAUGACUGGAGAAAGCGCUCACUGCCCUCAGAACAACGUGUGACCAGUCUUGUCCUCCUCUCUGAAAUGAAAAUAAAGCCUCAUGGAGAUGCUCCUCAA